AUGGGCGUGACAAAGACGGUACAUCCGCCUGCAGGCGCAACAGCUCUGUUGGCCGCUACGACAAUAGAAGUGACCGAGCUGGGUUGGUGGUUACUACCCCUGGUACUUCUAGCUUCGGUUCUGAUGCUUGUAAGCGCUAUGCUCGUCAACAACCUGUACAAACGCUUUCCUCUAUACUGGUGGACCCCUGUUGAUCUUGCUCAAUUAGGAGGCAAGGAGAAAGUUUCAGAACCUCAAAGGACUGGGUCCGAUGCUGCAGCUGCGAGCCACGACGAAGGGAGGGAGCUUCGGUUUGACACCAGCGAGAAGAAGAAGGCCAGGAAUAUACAUGACAAUCCAGAGUUAAAGAUACAAGUUGAGAUGGACAGGAUAGUUGUACCUGAUUGGAUGUCUCUGAGUGAUUGGGAAGUCGAGGCUUUGGAAGGCUUUCAGAACAGAUUGCGUGAAGGAAACCCGGAACGAGAGAACUGA